CUUGCAAUUCUGGGAAGCCAUGUGCAUGCAUCACUGCCUGCUGAAGAUUACUGGCAAACACUCUGGCCUAACACUCCCAUGCCUAAAGCUUUCAAGGACCUUCUCGUGCAGCCUGCAACUCUUCCUCACCAGUCAGUCUCUCCUGAAAUCUCAAACGGUCAAACUCCAGAGUCCAGAAGUCACGAUCGCCGACUCACUACAACAAAUAAAGGUUCUCGCAACGGUCAAAAAUCGUUGUCGUAGAUCGAAAAACCGUUCCCAAAACUUUAGGCAACUCCUCUAAUUCAUCUCGCCAGUUCCGAUGCAUCUCCAACACUGCGUCGUCCCUACUCUGCGUUGUCGCGUCUUUUUGCUCCAGUGCGUCUCUCGUUGUCGCUGCUGUCACCCAUGGCUAGAGUCUGCUUCCUCGUGCUUGGACAGGAAAUUGGGAUUGGAUGAGAAGGGAAAGCACCCAUGUUAAGCAACAAGCAACCACAAGCAAUAAACUCAAAAUACCAAUUGGUGCGUUUUUGUUCGACCUUCAUCAUGAUGGCGACAAAGAGAGUGAAGACUUUAAUAAAACAUUUCCGUUGUAUUCCCACAACAAACAUAGUGACCAUCUCACAAGUAACGAACCUACGAUACCCAAUGGCGCAUUUUUCUUUGAGCAUGAUCUUCUUCCCGGCAAAAAACUCAUCCUAGGACGUAUAAAGACCUCGGAUGUGUUCACUUUCUUACCGGACACAAUCGCAAAGGCCAUUCCAUUUUCUAGCAGCAGGCUCCCCGAGAUCUUGAACCGCUUUAACAUAGAAGCUGAGUCAACCGAAGCCGAAUCAAUGAAAAAAACACUUGCGCUUUGCGAGAGCCCUACUAUGCACGGAGAAGAAAAAUAUUGUGCAACUUCUUUAGAGUCGCUACUCGAUUUCGCGGUUUCACAACUUGGAAAAAACAUAAGGCUACUUUCAACUGAAUUCGAAAGGGAAACACAAGAUCGGCAGUACACUGUGGCGGAAGGAGUGAAGAAAAAUGGUGAAAAAGCAGUGGUGUGCCACAAAAUGAAUUACCCAUAUGCUGUGUUUUAUUGCCACAAAACAGAUACAAGGUCUUAUAGUGUUCCAUUGAUGGCAACUAAUGAUGGAACAAAAGUUAAAGCAAUAGUAGUUUGUCACACCGAUACUGCUCACUGGCCAUCAAAUCAUGUUGCCUUCAAGAUGCUUAAUACUAAGCGUGGAACCACUCCCAUUUGUCAUUUUCUUCCCACUGAUAAUGUUAUUUGGGUACCUCAAUUCAGCGGCCUGAAAGAUGACAUGUAAGUAAUGCCCUCCUUAUGAUGUUGAAAGUGUGUCUCCUUGCAUAUAUAGCGAGUACUAAGUCUACUACGUUAUUGUAAUAUAUAUGUAUGUGUGUUAGUUUGAAUGUACCCCAACUAUAAUAAUGUGUUCUAGAAGUUUGGCUACGUUGUGCUGCAAGAGUGCAAGGUGCUGUAAAAACUUCUACAAGUUGUUAAUGCAUAAUUAUGUAAUGAGGUAUGCAGUAAUGAUGUUGCCUUUGAUAAAA